AUGCACGAAAUUGGGUUUUGGCGUAAAUACAACGACGACGCGGGUGACGUGAGGCCGCACCCUCAGUCACUCCAAGACAAAGCAUGGUAUGACAGACGUGCGGACAUGGCGGCAAAGGUGAUCUGGUACGUGCGUCAUGCUGGCUUUGUGGAAUCGUACGAGAUGGGAUACAGCUUCUGUCGCAUUGAUUCCUCAUGCUCGUCCAAGGCCCUUGGAGCGUGCACCAUGACAGACGGUAUGUACUGCUGGCCCGAAGGUUACGUGCACUACCUGGAACAGCAUCACGUGGUCCCUCCCGCCGACUUCGUCGAGCAUGUCCUUCAGCACGUCGCCGCCGCAGUCGCCCGACCUCCGACGCCAUUUCUUGUCAUGUGGGACUACGAGUCUCGCGGUCCCGUGCCGAUGCCUCCCACGAUGCAACACAUGAUCCUUGCCAACACCACGCUCACGAUCGGUCAGCCCCAGCAGGCCCAGCAGCAGGCGUCGUGUGCAUUAUCCUGA